AAAGAACAGAAAGAGAAAUCAGAAAGAUCCACUUGAGAAUUGAAUAUUAUUUUUGUGAAGACGGCCUUCACGUAGCCAUACCAGCACACCAGUGAGCAAUUUUAAGUAGACAAAAAGACUUAACCUUUGGGAGAUCUCAAAAGGUUCUCUUAUUUGCAGUAAUGCCCCUUAAAUCCUUUUCGAUGUUUCUUAUGUUCUUCCUUUUUUAACUAAAGAUCUCAUCUUUAGCCCCUUAAUUCUCUCUGGAGCUGUAAGUUUGACGAUGGCGUCUUUGUCUUCCUCCGUCAGCUCCCGAUCAUACUUUUCCGGUUAUUCGGCUUCUUUUACACCGGUUAACGGUGACCGACAUCGAUCACUCUCGUUCCUGUCUGCUUCUCCUCAAGGAUUGAAUUCUCAUGACUUAUGUCUUAGAUUCCAAAGGAAAUCUGGUCGUGCUUCUGUCUUUAUGCAAGAUGGUGCAAUAAUCGCCAAUUCAAAUUCAGCAGAGAGUAAAUCUUCUCUUAAGGGAUUGCAAGAUGAGGUGCUAUCAGCUUUAUCUCAAGAAGCAGCCAAGGUCGGAGUCGAAUCUGAUGGUCAAAGCCAGUCAACGGUUAGUAUCACGGUGGUUGGAGCCUCCGGUGAUCUUGCCAAGAAGAAGAUUUUCCCGGCCCUUUUCGCCCUUUACUAUGAAGACUGUCUUCCCGAGCAUUUUACGAUAUUUGGUUAUUCUAGGAGUAAGAUGACAGAUGCUGAACUUAGAAACAUGGUCAGCAAAACCCUUACCUGCAGAAUUGAUAAGAGGGCAAACUGUGGUGAAAAGAUGGAAGAAUUUCUCAAGAGAUGUUUUUACCAUUCUGGUCAGUAUGAUUCUCAAGAACAUUUUACUGAAUUGGACAAGAAGCUCAAGGAACAUGAGGCUGGAAGAAUCUCAAAUCGCCUCUUUUAUUUGUCUAUCCCUCCAAAUAUAUUUGUUGAUGCUGUGAAAUGUGCAAGCACAUCUGCUUCAUCUGUCAGUGGAUGGACUAGGGUCAUUGUCGAGAAACCUUUUGGUCGAGAUUCUGAAACCUCUGCUGCUUUAACGAAAUCCCUUAAGCAGUAUUUGGAGGAAGAUCAAAUUUUUAGGAUAGACCAUUACCUAGGAAAAGAGCUAGUCGAGAACUUAUCUGUCCUUCGAUUCUCAAACCUUAUAUUUGAGCCGCUAUGGUCAAGGCAGUACAUAAGGAACGUGCAAUUUAUAUUUUCUGAGGAUUUUGGCACUGAAGGACGAGGAGGGUACUUCGACAAUUACGGCAUAAUAAGAGAUAUAAUGCAGAAUCAUCUGCUUCAAAUCUUAGCCCUCUUUGCCAUGGAAACGCCUGUUAGUUUGGAUGCAGAGGAUAUCAGAAAUGAAAAGGUUAAGGUGUUACGUUCAAUGAGGCCAAUUCGAGUUGAAGAUGUGGUAAUUGGACAAUACAAGAGCCACACAAAGGGAGGAGUCACAUAUCCUGCCUACACCGAUGAUAAAACUGUACCAAAAGGUAGUCUGACUCCGACAUUUGCAGCUGCUGCUCUUUUCAUCGACAAUGCAAGAUGGGAUGGUGUCCCUUUUUUAAUGAAAGCUGGCAAAGCACUACACACCAGGAGUGCAGAGAUAAGGGUGCAGUUCAGGCAUGUUCCGGGGAAUUUGUAUAACCGGAAUACUGGUUCUGAUCUUGAUCAAGCUACAAAUGAGCUUGUGAUCCGUGUCCAACCAGAUGAAGCAAUCUAUUUGAAAAUCAACAACAAGGUCCCUGGUUUAGGAAUGAGAUUAGAUCGCAGUAACUUGAAUCUUCUAUACUCAGCAAGGUAUUCAAAGGAGAUACCAGAUGCAUAUGAGAGACUUCUGUUAGAUGCAAUAGAAGGAGAAAGAAGGUUGUUCAUAAGAAGUGAUGAGCUUGAUGCAGCUUGGUCUCUAUUCACUCCAUUGCUUAAAGAGAUAGAAGAGAAGAAGAGAAUCCCUGAGUACUAUCCUUAUGGUAGCCGUGGUCCUGUUGGUGCUCACUAUCUAGCUGCUAAGCACAAGGUGCAAUGGGGUGACGUCAGUAUUGACCAGUAAAACAUAUUCUCUGUUGUGUUAUCUCUAUUUUUACAUUGAUAUAGAUUUAUCUAGGAUUCAAGCUUUUUCUACGCCUCUUUUUACAGAUUUAAUUGGGCAAUUUGGUUAUGUACCAUUUAAAUAAAUAAACCAAAGGGGUUUCUCUUAUUCUCUUCAAGAAAAAUGUCUUUUAUGCU